GUGAACUAUAAAGUGCAUUACCAGUCACUGGGCUCUCCCUUCAUAGAGAUUAGAAGUGCAAAUUUCAAACCCCUUUUCGUUCAGAUUCUGAGUCUGCUAUGGCGUCACGCGCAUUUCUUAUCUUGGGGAUGCUUCUUCUGGUGUGUCUUGUUAAGGUUUCAUCUGAUCCGAAGAUAGAAGAAGAAACACUAGAAGAAGAACUGCUGUUUCCCAAUGAACCACUUGUCGUGAAAGACGGGAACAGAAGGCUAAUGCAAGAAAUAGAUUGUGGUGGGUUAUGCAAAUCAAGGUGCAGUGCUCAUUCAAGGCCAAACGUGUGUAAUAGGGCAUGUGGCACGUGCUGUGUGAGGUGCAAGUGUGUCCCACCUGGUACCUCUGGAAAUAGGGAACUAUGUGGAACUUGCUACACUGGCAUGACCACCCAUGGCAACAAGACUAAGUGCCCUUAGACAACCAAAUCUCAUUGUCAUUUUCUUCAUUCAUUAUGCACUGUACUGCUAUGUGGGUGCAUCUCUGUUUUCUAGGGCAAUCAAUGUGUCUGCACUUCCUUGGCUCUAUUAUUAGACUACUAUAAAUGUUUUCUUUAGAGGGUCUGUUCUGGUUUGUGUGCCUGCAUGAUUACUGUGAUGGGUCAUGUAGACUUUCUACCUUUGUUCUGAUUAAUAUAAAGAGAGUCAUUACCAUUUCCAUUUCA